AUAUGUGACACUUGCUGUUUCUUAUUUCCCACCCUUCACUCUCUCUCCUUCUUUCUAUAUAUGUACACACGCAUACAUACACACACCACAAACACACAACAUCAGACUAUCUCUCAAAAUACAUUUUCUUGUUUCUCCAUUAUUUUCCGUAAGCAAGUUUCAAGAAACAGAACAAAAAAAAAUCAAGAAGUCAAUGGAAGUGAGUAGCGUAGACGAGAGUACAACUUGUACAGGUUCCAUAUGCGAAACUCCGGCGAUGACGUCGGCAAAGUCGUCGGUGAAUCUACACAGGAUGGGAAGCGGAUCUAGCGUGGUGCUAGAUUCGGAGAACGGAGUUGAGGCGGAGUCGAGGAAGCUUCCGUCGUCCAAGUACAAAGGCGUAGUUCCUCAGCCGAACGGACGAUGGGGAGCUCAGAUUUACGAGAAGCACCAGCGCGUGUGGCUAGGUACUUUCAACGAGGAAGACGAGGCGGCGCGUUCUUACGACGUGGCGGUUUACAGGUUCCGAGGACGAGACGCCGUCACGAACUUCAAAGAGGCGAGGCUCGACGACGGAGAGGUCGAGUUUUUGAGUUCUCAUUCGAAAGCCGAGAUCGUCGAUAUGCUGAGGAAGCAUACGUAUAGCGAGGAGCUCGAGCAGAGCAAACGGCGAAGAAACGGUAACGGAAACACGGCUAGGACGAUGACGUCGUCUUUGAACGGCGACGGCGUUUCGACGACGGAGUUUAGAUCAGCGGAGGCUCUGUUUGAGAAAGCGGUAACGCCAAGCGACGUUGGGAAGCUAAACCGUCUUGUUAUACCGAAACACCACGCGGAGAAACAUUUUCCGUUACCGUCUAGUAACGUCUCCGUUAAAGGAGUGCUGCUGAACUUCGAGGACGUGACGGGGAAAGUGUGGAGGUUCCGUUACUCGUAUUGGAACAGUAGCCAAAGCUAUGUGUUAACCAAAGGUUGGAGCCGGUUCGUUAAGGAGAAGAAUCUACUUGCUGGUGAUGUGGUUAGUUUCAGCAGAUCCGAGGGUCAGGAUCAACAGCUAUAUAUUGGGUGGAAAUCGAGAUCCGGACCGGAUGUAGAAACGGGUCGGGUUUUGAGACUGUUCGGAGUCAACAUUUCACCGGAGAGUUCGAGAACCGAAGUCGUAGGGAGCAAGAGAGUGAACGAUACUGAGAUGUUGUCGUCGGUGUGUAGUAAGAAACAACGCAUCUUUCACGCCUCGUAACAACUCCUCUUUCCUUUUGUUUUAAUAUGUUUUUAAUUCCACUUUCGAUCUCUUUUCAGUUGAAUCAGUUUCUACUUAUUGCCAAAGGUUCAUGAGUUGUUUUUGUUGUAAUGAUGAACUGUAUAUUUUAUAUUUAGAAUAAAAAAGGUUCUUUAGAUCUCUAA